CCAGCCUCUCAGAAAAGCUUGGGGCAAACUCUAGAUGGUGUCAGGAUUCCCCGGGGGGUUGGGGGGAGCUGGCACGCCGGGAACCGUGCCCCGUGCCCUUGGGGCUACCUGGCCCAUCUGCGGAGAAAGUCUUGAUUGUCUUCAGCGAACCGCGGGGGACACUGAGGCCAGGAGAUGGGAGUCUCGGGGGCCUGGGGAAGGGAAGGAGUGUGGGCCGGCAGGCGUUGGAGGGGUGCUGGGAAGGCUGCUCCCAGAAGCCCCAGGACACUGUGUCCUGACCCCUAAGGACAGCGGUGCAACAGAGGCAGUUUUGGCUGAAAACAUUCAUUUGCAUCUUGUGUUUACAGUGGGAUGCAACAGCUCAGGGUGACUCAUGCCUGCCUCGUGACACAACCCAAUUGUCCCUGGCAGCAGGGACUGGGCGGAGGGGACUUUAAACCCAGUCAGUGUGGUUCAGCCCUUGUUCCAGGCUAGAGAUCACCCAGUUCAGCGAGUAGCGCCCUCCUGUGAGUCCUGAUCCCCUCCCUGGAGGGUGGGCAGCUGGUGUAGACAGACGUGGGGGGCUCAAGAUCCCUAGCAGCUGGGAAGGUCCCUUUGGGGAGGCAUCCUGACGACCUAGUGUGGGCUCCCCAUUUGGCCUGCCCCCAGCACCAUCUGUCUUCACAGCAUCACCUUCUGUGACGACUUCUUUCUUGGUCUAUUGAACUGUUCAGUGUUAAUGUCUGACGCCAAGGAGCACGGCCCAGCGGGGACAUCACUGAGGUGGGGAGACGCUGGACAGCUCACAGAGGGCUGAUGGUUCCUCGGGCGAUGACUCAGGAUGCAGCCAGGGGCCACGACGUGCACGGAGGACCGUAUCCAGCAUGCCCUGGAGCGCUGCCUACAUGGGCUCAGCCUCAGCCGCUGCUCCACCUCCUGGUCAGCUGGCCUGUGUCUCAACUGCUGGAGCCUGCAGGAGCUGGUCAGCAGGGACCCAGGCCACUUCCUCAUCCUCCUGGAGCAGAUCCUGCAGAAAACCCGAGAGGUCCAAGAGAAGGGCACCUAUGACCUUCUCGCCCCCCUGGCCCUGCUCUUCUACUCCACUGUGCUCUGCACGCCACACUUCCCACCCGAUUCAGAUCUCCUUCUGAAAGCAGCCAGAACCUACCACCGGUUCCUGACCUGGCCUGUUCCCUACUGCAGCAUCUACCAGGAGCUGCUCACCUUCAUCGAUGCUGAACUCAAGGCCCCAGGAAUCACCUACCAGCGACUGGUGAGGGCCGAGCAGGGCCUGCCCAUUAGAAGUCACCGCAGCUCCACCAUCACCGUGCUGUUGCUGAACCCAGUGGAGGUGCAGGCUGAGUUCCUCGCCGUGGCCAACAAGCUGAGCGCGCCCGGGCACUCGCCCCACAGCGCUUAUACUACCCUGCUCCUGCACGCCUUCCAGGCCACCUUCGGGGCCCACUGUGACCUCCCAGGGCUGCACGGCAGGCUGCAGUCCAAGAGCCUGGCCGAGCUCGAAGACAUCUUCACGGAGACUGCGGAAGCUCAGGAGCUAGCUUCUGGCAUCGGGGACGCAGCCGAGGCCCGGGAGUGGCUCAGGACCAGGCUGCAGGCGGUGGGACAGAAAGCUGGCUUCCCCGGCGUGUUAGACACUGCCCAACCUGGCCAGCUCCGCACCAUCCCCAUCCCUGUCGCCAGGUGUCACACGUACAGCUGGAACCAGGACAGCUUUGACAUCCUGCAGGAAAUCCUGCUCAAGGAACAAGAGCUGCUCCAGCCAGGGAUCCUGGGGGACGAUGAGGAGCAGGAGGAGGAGGAGGAAGAGGAGGAAGAGGAGGAGGACUUGGAAACGGACGGGCAUUGUGCCCAGAGGGACUCCGUGCUCUCCACCAGCUCGGCGGUCUUCCACGACUCCACCCUGUCCCUCGCCUCGUCCCAGGCCUCGGGGCCCACCCUCUCCCCGCAGCUGCUGACCUCCUUCGUCUCGGGCCUCUCGGACGGCAUGGACAGCGGCUACGUGGAGGACAGCGAGGAGAGCUCCUCCGAGUGGCCCAAGAGGCCGGGCGGCCAGGAGCGCCGGGGCCACCGCAGGCCUGGGCAGAAGUUCAACAGGAUCUAUAAACUCUUCAAGAGCACCAGCCAGCUGGUGCUGCGGAGGGACUCCCGGGGCCUGGAGGGCGGCUCGGGCUCAGGCUCGAGCCUGCCACUGCGGCGGGCCGGGAGCCUCUGCAGCCCCCUGGACGGCCUGCUGCCACCGCCGCCGCCACCGCCGCCCCCCACGCGGGCCCAGCGCUCGCGCUCCCUGCCCCAGCCCAAGCUCAGCGCCCAGCUGCCCAGCUGGCUCCUGGCCCCCGCCUUGCGACACCAACGCCGCCGGCCCUUCCUGAGCGGGGACGAGGACCCCAAGGCGUCCACACUGCGCGUCGUGGUCUUCGGCUCCGAUCGGAUUUCGGGGAAGGUGGCUCGGGCCUACAGCAACCUGCGGCAGCUAGAGAACAACCGCCCGCUCCUCACACGGGUCUUCAAGCUUCAGUUCUUCUACGUGCCCGUGAAGCGAAGCCAGGGGACCGGCUCCAGCGCCUGCCCCCCCGCUGCCAGCCAGACGCCCCCACCCCCCCCAGACUCCCCGAGGCACCCCAGCCCUGCGGAGCUGGAGAGCACCAAUGACAUCUCCCACUACCUCGGCAUGCUCGACCCCUGGUACGAGCGCAACGUGCUGGGCCUCAUGCACCUGCCCCCCGAAGUCCUGUGCCAGCAGUCUCUGAAGGCGGAGCCCCGGCCCCUGGACGGCUCCUCGGCCCAGCUGCCCAUCCUGGCGGACAUGCUCCUGUAUUACUGUCGCUUCGCGGCCCGGCCAGUGCUGCUGCAGGUCUAUCAGACAGAGCUGACUUUCAUCACCGGGGAGAAGAUGAAAGAGAUCUUCAUCUACUCCCUGGAGCUGGGUCACUCGGCCACCACGCGUGCCAUCAAGGCUUCGGGUCCUGGCAGCAAGCGUCUGGGCAUCGAUGGUGAUCGCGAGGCCAUCCCUCUAACACUACAGAUUAUUUACAGCAAGGGGGCCAUCAGUGGACGAAGCCGCUGGAGUAACAUGGAGAAGGUGUGCACCUCGGUCAAUCUCAGCAAGGCCUGCCGGAAGCAGGAGGAGCUAGACUCCAGCAUGGAGGCCCUGACGCUAAACCUGACAGAGGUGGUGAAAAGACAGAACCCCAAGUCCAAGAAGGGCUUCAACCAGAUUAGCAUGUCACAGAUCAAAGUGGACAAGGUGCAGAUCAUCGGCUCCAAUGGCUGCCCCUUCGCCGUGUGCCUGGACCAGGAUGAGAGGAAGAUCCUGCAGAGUGUGGUCCGGUGUGAGGUCUCACCUUGCUACAAGCCAGAGAAGAGCAGCCUCCGCUCCCAACCCCAGAGGACCCCGGACCCGCCAGCCCAGGCCCCGCCGGACCUCUGCUCCCUCCUCUGCCUGCCCAUCAUGACGUUCAGUGGAGCUCUGCCCUAGUGGGGCCCUCACCAGCCUGGACAGGAAGCCCUGGGCAGGCAGCCUCCUGGGAGGCCCUCCCCACACGGUGGCCUCGAGGGUCUCGCUCCCUCUGGGGAACUAGAUGGCCCUCUGUUGGAUCAGGCCCUGCUAUGGGCCCUGCAGUGGACAGUGGGCAGGGGAUUGGUGGUUUCUGGGCCCUCGGGCUGUGUUUAGGAAAGACACAGGCAUUAGGGAGAGAGCGGCUGGCCACACUGCCCCUCAGAUUCCUCACGGUAGAGAGGAGAGGGAUGGAUGAGCUGACCUCCAGAGGCCCCGGCCACUGGUGUGGUCUAGGAUCCUUUCUAGAAAGAUCUGAGGCUCUGGUGCUCUGGGGUGUGGUUUAGGCCUCCUCUCCCAAUGCUUGGCUGGACCCCCCGCCUUAGUCUGUCAAAAUCUUGGGGGGCCCUUUGUAUCUGGGGUUCAGUCCCCUCUACUCUGGGGCUCAGGUGGUAGUAACAAGACUAGGAAUUUCUUCCCAGACCUUCAGUACCACCCCAUCUCUUUCUCUCUCUCUCUCUCUCUCUCUCUCCCCCCCACCCCGUGUCUCACAAGUUCCCUGGGUCUUCUGAAAAACAGCACUAAUACUUUACCUGUCUACUCUCAGCCCCUGGAACAUAUUCUCUCAGGAGCCCCUUUCUGGAUCUGAGAGCCUUGGGAGACAGGACAGGCAUAGAUUCAACAGCUCGGUUACCUUCUAGCUCAGUGACCAGAAGGAAGUGAAUUAGCUUCUCCGAGCCUCCACAUCCUCAGCACUAAGACCUUCAGGGGUUGAAAAGAAAUCAUCCGCUAAGCACCUGGCCCAGUGGCUGGCUCAUAGCUGGUGCUCAGUACAGAUGAGUGGCCUCAUCCUUAAGCGCCAGCGCCCCCCCUGCCUGGCACUGGGACACGCUCAUGGCCUCUGGGAUGCUCUUCAUUCACCCUUGAGGCAGAACCUAGACUGAGGGAGUGAGGAGUGGUCAGUUUUACCCUCUGAAGGAGGAAUGGCCUUGGCGAGGCUAGGAGGAGGGUUGCACGGGUAUCCCCAAGCCCUCGCCGACUUCUCUCCCGGGUUGGGCCCCGUGACUCCCGCUCCCACGUCACGCCUUAGGCUGGUGCACAUUGCAUAUAGAGGCUUCCAGCCCCAAAGUUCACUGGCACCAUUCUGGCGUCUGGGCGGGAUCCUGGAGGGGUCGAGGGAGAGCCUGGCUGGAGGAAAUGGGUCACAGGACGUGAGAGCCAAAAACGUAAAGCUGGCGGGUUGGAGUGGUUUGGAAGCUUGAAGCAAACGUGGGCUAGGGUGGUAGUGGGGGAGGGCAGGGCUGAGGACCAGGAUUUGGACGGUACAGGUGGAGAAGGUAGCCAUGGAAGAUGAUCGUAUCCUGCUCAGCGCCUCUCCGUCCCCUCCUUCUCCUGCUUCACCCGGCUCCAAAGGUUCUGGGCUUACAGGAGCCCCCGAACCCCAGCCUGGACCACUCACCACUGGAGAGAAGUGAACAGAGCCGGCUCCCACCCUGUGUCACCGUCCCUCCCCUGUCCUCACCAUUUGUACUUGCUCCAGGCUCCAGAGAGCGGUCGGCCAUAUACCUUCCAUAGUCUUUUGUUGGGUGAACAGGCUACUACAUGAUAAACCUAUAUCCAAGAAUAAACGAAUAGAAUUUAAUAUUAUUUUCAAAUAAAACUUGGUUAGUCUCGUAUUUCUUGACCCCCAGUUAUUUUGCUGCACGAUGAGUAACUGCUCGUUGCUUCGUUAACAUCAACCAGUGCACACACAGCAGCAGCAGUCAGUUCUUGGGGGUUGUCCUGUUUCUCUCUUUGUGCACGAGAAGGGUAAGCAGAGACAUAGGAUGCCUCCUAGGGCCUGGGCCUGGAACCGGCACGGUGCCUCUUCUGCCAAAAUUCAAUUGACCCAAAUCAAGGAAGCAUAUCAACCCAUAGAUUGAAUAAACUUGGCAGAUCUCACACAGGAUAAAAACAAAAUCACACGAGAAGAGGACUUCACUUCUGAUAGUCUUCCCAAAAUCCCAUAGCCCCAGUCUGAUCAUGAGGAAAAUCCCAGACAGAUCCAGAUUAUGGGACAUUCUAUACGAAGGUCUGACUAGUACUCCACCAGGAAGUCAGUGUCAUGAAAAACAAGGAAGGGCUGAGAAACUCAAAAACCAAGGAGACAGGAAACCUGAAAACUAAAUGCAAUAUGGUACUCUACACUGGAUCCUGAAACAAAGAGGAUAUUAAUGGAAAAACUGGUGAAAUCCCUAUAAAGUCUGGAGUUUAGUUUUUUAAACACAAACACACACACACACACACGCACACCUCAUUGUAAGACUCCUGGGGGAGAAAAAUGUAAUGAAAAAAUCUUAAAGACAGGGGCGCCUGGGUGGCUCAGUCGUUAAGCGUCUGCCUUCGGCUCAGGUCAUGAUCCCGGGGUCCUGGGAUCGAGUCCCGCAUCGGGCUCCCUGUUCCGCAGGAGGCCUGCCUCUCCCUCUCCCAUUCCCCCUGCUUGUAUUCCCUCUCUCGCUGUGUCUCUCUCUGUCAAAUAAAUGAAUAAAAUCUUUAAAAAAAAAAAUCUUAAAGACAAAGGAAAAAAAUAUAUAGUUUAUCUUCAAAAGAUCAACAGUUAAACUGAGAACUCCCUUCUCAAUAGAAACAUUGGAAGCCAGAAGACAAUGAAAUGAUAUCUUUUAAGUGCUGGAAAAUUCAAUCUAGAAUUGUUCAAUGAUUUUUGUUUUUAAUUUUAUGCUGCUCACAAGAGACACACUUUAAUAACACAGAAAGCCCGAAAACAAAAGGAUUGAAAGGGUAACACCAUACAAACCUGACCCAAAAAGCUGGCGGUAUUACGCUAAUAUCAGACAAAGACUUUAAGGCAAGAAGCAUUAAAAAAAAAAAAAAGGGACAUUUGAUAAAGAUCAAAGAGUCAAUCCAACAAAAACAUAUCACAAUCAUAAAUCUGUAUGCAUGCAAUAACAUAACUUUAAAAUUGUAAAGCAAAAAUUGACAGAAUUAACAUCUCCACAACCAUAAUGAAGGACUUUAUUACACCUCUCUUAGUAGCUGAUAGAACAAAUAGACAAAAAAUAAUAGAGAUAUAGAGGAUCUGGACAACACAAUGAACACAUUUGAUCCCGUUAAAAUAGAACACUGCCCAGACACAGAAUUCACAUUAUCUCAAGUACAACUAGAAUAUCAAAUUUCAAAUGACUGAAAUCAAAGGGAGUAUA